AUGAAAAAAAUGCCAAACAACCCAUUAGCAGUGUUAUUUGACUGGGAUAAUACCCUAGUCGACACCCAGGAUAAUAUAUUUAAUGCUGUAAAGCAUACUAUAGAUGUAAUGGGAUAUAGAAAUCAAACUGCAGAUAGAAAUUCUCAUGAAUCGAGAAAAGAUUACAUGGUCGGGUUAUUUGGUGAGCAAUGGAAAAAAGCCAAUGCAAUAUAUCAGCAAUAUUUAGAUAAGGCACUCUUGCAAAAUAUCACUUUAAACCAAGGAGUGGAGAAAAUGUUAAAAACAUUAAAAGGCCACAAUGUUUAUUUAGCCAUAGUAAGUAAUAAAAAAAAUACCAAUUUGCAAAAAGAAGUGGUCCAUUUUAAGUUAGAUGCUUAUUUUACUAGAAUAGUUGGAUCAGGUGAUACUACAGAAGAUAAACCAUCCAUAACUCCUAUAUUAUUUGCAUUAGAAGAAAGUACAUUACCUAUAAAUCAAGAAAAUGUGUUCUUUGUCGGAGAUAGUAUUACAGAUAUUUUAUGUGCAAAAGGUGCAAAUUGUUUACCUAUUGUGUAUAAUCAAUCAAUGAGCGGUUAUGAAGAUUGGUUAUGUUUUCAAUGUUUUGAUAAACUUACAGACUUUAUAGUAAAAUAUUUAGAAAAUAGGUAA